ACCGGUAAUUUUCCUAUUCAAUAGCGUACGCAACGGCGCCUCUCCGAACACACUCGUAUCGUUGUUUGUAUCAUUUGUUCAUGCAUGAUAGAACAAGCUCCGGACAGAUUGCCGAUGACUGAUUUCUCCUAGUCCUUCUCACAACCAUGCUCAGGCUUCUCUCAAUCUCCUCCAAAUCCAGCUCUCUACGAAAGCCAAACUCGUCGUUCUCCUACACAUCCAGCUACUUGCAUACGCAUCUUUGCAAUUCAGCGAGGCCAACUUCUUCCCCUCAAUCCACUUCUUGUAUCUCGACAAACCCGUCGGAGUCUCUUAUAAACCAUUCCAGUUUCGCAAAUCUAACCAGGCCUCCAAAUGGAUAUUGGCUGAAUUGUGCCAAUUUGAGGAUCUUUGAGAGAAAUGGAGGUGGAGGUGGGUUUUUGAGUGUUCAUGGUUCUGUUGGUCGAUUGAGGAGCUUCAGUAGUGAAUCGGACCGGGAGUCUAUGGAGUACGAUGUUGUUAUUGUUGGGGCAGGACCGGCCGGGUUAUCAGCGGCUAUACGUUUGAAGCAAAUGUGCUCUGAAAAGGGUGUUGAUUUGUCGGUGUGUGUAGUUGAAAAGGGUCCUGAAGUAGGCGCUCACAUCCUUUCUGGGAAUGUUUUUGAACCCCGGGCACUAGAUGAACUUCUUCCACAGUGGAAACAAGAAGAGGCACCAAUAAAUGUUCCAGUUUCUUCUGACAAGUUUUGGUAUCUUACAAAGAAUCGUGCAAUUUCACUUCCUUGUCCUUUUAAUAACAAAGGGAACUAUGUUAUAAGUUUAAGUCAGUUGGUACGUUGGAUGGGGAUGAAAGCUGAAGAACUGGGGGUAGAAAUAUAUCCUGGCUUUGCUGUUAGUGAGAUAUUAUAUGAUGCAAACAACAAGGUUAUUGGCAUUGCAACUAAUGAUAUGGGAGUUGCCAAAGAUGGUUCAAAGAAGGAAACUUUUCAGCGUGGCGUGGAAUUAAAAGGGAAAAUAACACUUCUAGCUGAGGGCUGUCGAGGAUCAUUAUCAGAGAAAAUAAUGAAAAAAUACAACUUGAGAGAGAAAGCGCAUGCUCAACAUCAGACUUAUGCUUUAGGAAUUAAAGAGGUCUGGGAGAUUGAGAAGGGAAAACACAACCCUGGUGCUGUGCUUCACACUUUAGGAUGGCCCUUAGAUCAAAAGACAUAUGGAGGAUCGUUUCUGUAUCACCUUAGCGAUAGCCAGAUUGCGAUUGGCUUUGUGGUUGCUUUGAAUUAUCACAAUCCUUUUCUGAAUCCUUAUGAGGAAUUUCAGAAAUUUAAGCAUCAUCCUGCCAUCAAAUCACUCUUAGAAGGUGGGAGCGUUCUCCAGUAUGGUGCUCGCACUUUAAAUGAAGGUGGUUAUCAGUCUAUUCCAUAUCCAGUUUUCCCUGGAGGAGCAAUUAUUGGAUGUUCAGCUGGAUUCUUAAAUGUACCAAAGAUAAAGGGGACGCACACGGCAAUGAAAUCAGGAAUGCUAGCAGCAGAAGCUACAUUUGAUGCACUUCAUGAAGGUUCAAAUAUGGAAACAUAUUGGGAUGCUUUACAGAACUCAUGGGUAUGGGAAGAACUAUAUAGAGCUCGAAACUACCGACCGGCAUUUGAAUACGGGCUAAUUCCUGGCUUAGCUAUGAGUGCAUUAGAACACUAUAUCCUGAGGGGGAAAUCCCCAUUAACAUUGAAGCAUGGCAAGCCUGAUCAUGAAGCAACAAAGGUCGCAAGUUUAUGUUCUCAAAUUCAAUAUCCAAAGCCUGAUGGGGUUUUGUCUUUCGAUGUGCCAACCUCUUUACACAGGAGCAAUACAAAUCAUGAACAUGACCAACCUGCUCACCUUCAUUUGAGGAACUCCAAGAUUCCUGAACUUGUUAAUCUGCCAGACUAUGCUGGACCUGAGUCACGAUAUUGUCCUGCACGUGUAUACGAGUAUAUUCCAGAUGAAAUGGGUCAACUGAAAUUGCAGAUCAAUGCUCAAAAUUGCCUACACUGCAAGGCCUGUGAUAUUAAAGACCCAAAGCAGAAUAUUGAGUGGACUGUGCCAGAAGGAGGUGGUGGUCCAGGCUACUCAGUCAUGUAGCUCAAGCGCUCACCUGCUGU